GAAUAAAUAAAAUCGGUCGACUUCAUGAGCGACAGUAAAGAAACUAUAUCACACCGAGACUCCUUUCAGUGUGAUUAUGUGACAUUACACAACAUUUAACGGUGCCGUGGCUUUGUUAGUAUGACGAAUAAAAUAAAGCCAAAGUUUUGGAAAAGACUCAAAUCCCGGAGCACGUCAGUUUAUCAGUCGUGGCACAAAGAAAGCGAGAAGGACCUAAAAUAUCAGUGCUAUUCAGAUAGUUGGAAACUUAGUGAACGACACUCCUGAUGGCUUUAAAUGAAAGUCUCCUGCAUCGUGACUUCAACCAGGAUUCAACACAGUAAUGCCAGUUUUCCUCUGACGGGGUUUCUUACAAAAUGGACUUGAGCUCUGCUGAUCAGUCAGCUCCUGCACCCUCAGACACCCAGGGCUCCGCCUCUGUCUCUGUCAAUGAAGCCUCUGGGGUCGUCGAGGUCAACAGGCGGACGGUGGCAGGUUCAGUGGUCGAGGAUCUGGACUCUUACAACCUGAUAGAGCCUCCUCCUUUAGACUGGAAGUCUGACUCCUCCAGUGAAGUGGGCUCAGCAGAUGAUCUAGACGACCCGGGCUUCCCUCCCGCUGUUGAUGAUCUGAACAAGGCGAGUCCAGGUGAGGCGGUUUUAGUAUCUUUAGACGUGGAUACCACUGUGGCUUCACUUGACAUGAACCAGGAGGAGCUUAUGGGAAGUAACACAGACUUAGUCCAGGAUCCUGAGGUGGAUGUGGACGAAGAGCAUGAAGUAGUUAAGGAACAGGAAGGAGGGAUCGUGGCGGACUUGGAGGGAAGUCAGGAGCACCAGGAGGAGAUAACAGUCAGGGAUGUGGAGAAUAUACUUACUGAAGAAGAGAUUGCUAACAGGAGAUCAGGUGAUGAAGACCACACCCGCAUCCACACCCUGCUCAGCCAGCUCCAGCUGAUGGGUGAAGAGCCUCACCCCAGCUGCAGGACGCCACCGUGCUUUUCCCAGCAUCAGUACUCCAGCCUGUCUGACCCGCAGGCGUGUUCUCCCUCCCUGUUAACAGACGACAGCUCUGAAACCACUGGGCUGUUGUUCUCUGAAAACCACCAGCGAGACCUGCUGGGGCUUCUGCAGUGCACAGACCUCAGCUCUCCAUCCCAUCCCCCCUGCCUGCCGCACAGAGGGGAAGUGGACGCUGUCGUGUCAGUUUCCUACAGCCAGGAGGACGCCCAGAGGUUAUGGGGACAUUAUGGGAAUGGUCGGCAGCAGCGGCACAGAGACGACUCCCUCACCUCCCUGCCUGACGAUGAGUAUCCUGAGCCGGUGUGGAUGAAGCUGGGGGAAGAGCCUCCGGAGGAAGAAGCUGGUGCAGAGAGCGAGCAGCGUGCUGAUGAUCAGCCAUCAUAUAGAGACGUGCCUGGUCCAUGUGACCCUGAAGACCUUUUAGAGGGAGUAAUAUUUGGUGCCAAGUACCUGGGUUCCACCCAGCUCAAAUCGGAAAAGAACCCGUCUACAAACGCCCGUAUGACCCAGGCUCAGGAGGCUGUGGAUCGCAUAAAGGCUCCAGAAGGUGAGUCGCAGCCAAUGACGGAGGUGGAUCUGUUCAUCUCCACUCGGCGGAUCAAAGUGCUCACUGCUGACACACAGGAGGCCAUGAUGGAUCACGCUCUGCAGAUGAUCUCUUACAUUGCAGACAUUGGCAAAAUCGUGGUCUUGAUGGCACGAAGGAAACGUAAAGGGCAGGAUGCCGACUCCGACCCCUCCUCUUCAUCCUCCUCGGGGCCUCAGAAGUGUUUAAUGAUCUGCCAUGUCUUCUCCUCAGAUGAUGCUCAGAUCAUAGCCCAGGCUAUCGGUCAGGCUUUCGGAGUGGCCUACCAGCAGUUCCUUCAGACCAACGGCAUCAAGGCCAGCGAUCUCAGGCCUGGCGAGUACAGCAACUACCUGGAAAGUCAGGAGCUCUACAACGGGGACCUGGCCCACUUCUCUGACACUCAGAACCUCCGAGACGUCGUCAUCACCAAGGCUCCUGGAGAUAUUUUGGGGCUGGCAGUGGUAGAGUCAGGCUGGGGCUCCAUACUGCCCACCGUGGUGGUGGCCAACCUCCUUCAUGGAGGCCCUGCUGAGCGCUGCGGCGAUCUCAGCAUCGGCGACCGCAUCAUGUCCGUCAACGGCACCAGUUUGGUGGGUCUGCCAAUCACCACCUGCCAGAACAUCAUCCGGGACUUGAAAAACCAAAAGUAUGUGAAGCUCAGCAUUGUGCACUGCCCUCCGGUCACCAUGGCGAUUAUCAGGAGGCCAGAUCCCAAGUUUCAGCUGGGCUUCAGUGUGGAGGACGGCAUCAUCUGCAGUCUGAUGCGAGGCGGUAUAGCAGAGAGGGGAGGCAUCCGUGUUGGACACCGCAUCAUUGAAAUCAACGGGCAGAGCGUGGUCGCCACGCCGCACAACAAGAUCAUCCAGAUCCUGACUAAUGCAGUUGGAGAGAUUCACUUGAAGACGAUGCCAGCCUCAACAUAUCGGCUCUUAACGGGACAAGAGCAACCGGUGUUUCUUUAAACGCUUCCUUCUUCAUCCAGGACAAAAAUACUGCACAGUGUUCAAACCACAUAAACUUUUGCCAAACUCACAAGAAAUAUUAUGCAACUGAUCAUACAGCAUAUCAGAAGCUGUUGUCACACCACUGAAUACUGCAAAAUAUGUCUAGCUAUAUUUUUUAAGAUAAAGUGCAUUGAAUUAUUGUAAAAACAAAUUUUAAAGUGACAGGGAUAGAUGUUAGCUCGCAAUUUAUAUUUAUCAGAUAUUUAACAACGCAGGCGGUAGCUGAGAUGCAAAUAUGCAUAAACGCAAUAUUUUUUCAACUUCACUAACUUACAUGGUGGUGAACAGUGUUGAGUAUACUUUACUACAGAUGGGUUUUUGGUCUUCCAGCCUGUUGUGGGCUGCCAGUGUGCCUGAACUGAAAGUGCUUACAGGGGAAACUUUAUUAAGUCAGGAUAAAGGAUCUUUGUAUUUCAUCGUGAUGUACUUCCACUCCCUCAUGUAGAUGUGCAUGUCAACAAAUGUCAUUCAAGAGCUUCAAAGACUUUUUAGUGUGGUGCUCUGGUUCAUUCAUAUGCUGCUUUUCCUGACUGUACCUGACAGGAAGCAGAUAUGCACAUUUAAAGAUAACUGCCUUACUUGAUAGAGAGAUAAGUAUAUUUUUAAGAAUUUUGUGUUUUGGAUGUUCAUUAAAAUGAUAUGUAAGA